AUGGCCGCCUACUAUACUUUCGAAGACUAUUCAGGGUCAUCAACCGACGCCGCCAAGACCGACAAUCCAUACCACGACCUCAUCGAAUCAUGCAAUAAUGACCCAGUAAGGUCCUUAAACGCUCUAGCAUCAAACAAGGUAGUCUCUGAAGCUCUACACUAGUCUCGAAUCCAAGUACGCUACUCCAGUCACCGCACGAAUCGCAACACCCAGCAGAAACAAAAGCUUUUAUCCUCGGACUUUCAAGGCGUCACACCGGACCAAAUCCUUUCCAAGCUAGAAGAUCCCAUCGCGUAUCCGGGUUUCAAAGACCAUCGGCACUGUCUUGUCUUCUGGGCUCGGCCAACGCAAGCUGUCAAGAAUCUCAUACAGCUGGUUCAGAAGGAAUUACAAGAUGUCGUACCGCACCUGUGGCUCAUGAAACCCGAAUCUCUCCACAUGACGGCGCUAGAAAUCACGCAUUCUCUCACAGCUCCCGAGAUCGAAGGCAUAGUGGAGAAGGUAUCACCCCACGCGCAGGAAAUUGCAGAUUUUACUUUCAGUCAUCGCGCCCCAGUGGUGAAGCCUUGUCUGAGCUUCGAUGCACAGGCGUUCGCUCUUUCGUUCCUACCUGCGGACGGCGAAGGUGGGAGAGCGAAGGAGGAAGACAAAUAUACCUAUCAUCACUUGAGGCGAGAUCUCUUCUCCCUCGUACAGGAGAGGACAGGCGUGAAAGUGGCGAGUCGAUAUGUGAUCCCCAGCGCACAUUUGACUAUUGCAAGAUUCUUACAAACAGCGGACCUUGAGACCGAUGGGAAACUCGAUCAUGGGAAGGUCAAGACUAUGAUUGACAAGGUGGAAGAAAUCAAUGCCUGGUUGGAGAGGGAAUAUUGGCCACAGCGAGGGACGAUCAAGGAGGGAGGAGCAUGGAUUGUUGGUGAGGGGAAGGGGCUUGAUUACAGAAAGGGGACGCUCUGGUAUGGAAGUGGUGGAGAGACGAUGAGAUUGGGGAAGGGAUUUUGA